ACGCGGCAGUAACUCUUGCCCUUUCUGUUUUUUCAAUUAUUUAUAACCAUUGCCUCUAUCCUCUUCCCUUCCCUUCCCUUCCCUUCCCUUCUCCAUCAGUCUGAGCUCGAUGACGAACUCUAAAACAAGUUUAGAGGAGAAAUUCGACUACGCUCGAUGACCAACACCUCCCCUCCCCCCCCCAAAAAAAAAAACAAAUCCCUCGUAAUUAAACGAAUAAACAAGCCUCUGAGUUUUUUUUUUUUUUAAUGAAGAAGAAGAAGAAGACUCCUAGAAGAAGGAGAUGGUGGGUGUGUCUGUCGAUUUCAGGGGAAUGAGAUGGGAUUUGGUUUCUGGGUUCGAUUGGUUGGGUGAGAAGUCGAGGGUGGUUGAGGUAGAUCAGCGAGGGGCAGGGGAGGUGGCUACUUUUUUAGCUGUGAAGGGAGGAGUCUUUCCCCACAUGGCGACGGAACCGGCGGAUUUUGAUCAGAUGUUCUGUUCCGAUUCGAUCUCAGGUCACGCCCCCUAAUUUCUGAACACGGGAAGAAGAGGAGGAAGAGCAGUGCAUGAUGAAGGAGGAUGGAUGUACUCUCUGUCUCUCCUCUCUCUCUUUCUUCUCUCUCGGUCUCUCUUUCACGUCUCUCUCUCUUCUCUCUUCUCCCUCUCCUCUUUCUCUUUCCUUUUCGACUCUACCUCCAUUCUCUCUUCUUCUCUGAGUUGUCUCUUUGAACUCUAAAACCCCAUUGGCUGCUUCCACCAUCAGUCAGCGUGUGCAUGUACGUGCAUGAUUUGGCUUUUGUUUUUUUUGUUGUGUUUGCCGAAAUGGGGGUUAUUGAAUUUGGAACCAAAACUAAUCCAAGGUCGAGAUUUUCGAAUGCUUCCCUUGCACUCUUUGCAGGAGGACCCUAAGAAGACAAGAAGCCGAAAUAUCGUUCCUUUCACUUCUGGGCAGCUCUGGGGAGGGCCGAAAUCAAUUGGGCAUCGAAGAACUCUGUAUACGAAGAGGAAUUCUGAAGCUCAACUACCUAAUCUUCUGAAAGAGAUUGUCGGGUCAAUUAUGAAGGAUAAUGAAGGUGCUCAUCUGAAUUUGGACCAUGAGCAACCUGCCUUGUGUUUCUUCGUUGGUUUGGGCAGCAGAGAGGGCAAGCUCUUCGAUUACUGGCAUGGAAACUGUCAUUGGAUAUGGAAAAUGACAGCAAGCUUCCAGAGGAAAGCACCGAAGUGUAGACACAUCUGGUUCAAGGGAAUCUGCAAGCUUUUCUGGGAGCAAUGCCAGCCUUUAUAGCUGUGGAUUACGAGUUCAAUAGAAGAUUUCACGGACAACAAAUAACCGAGGUAGAAGAUUCGUCGGAUGCCCAAGGUACUGGUAUAAUGGAGGGUGUAGGUAUUUUAAGUGGAUUGACCAUCUAUUUGAAGGUUCGAUUUCUGAAAUUGUUGCUGAAGAAGAAGUUUCCUCUUCUGAAUGGGAAAUGAAGUAUCUAAAAUUAAAGAUUAAGGAAUUAGAAGAUGAGUUAAAGUACCGCCACAGUCAUUGCUGUGAUGUUAGGGUGGUUGUUUCUGUAAUUGUCAUCUCUAUUAUGAUUGGAAUUUUGUUGGGAUUUGGUUGGGAUGUAAGUUUUGUAUUGGCAAGUAGGAGGAGGGCCUGCUGAUUGUAAAUUCACAUAUGAGCUUGUAAGCUUGUACAUUGUACUGAUAUGAAAAACUUUGUACUUAUUGCUAAUGAAAUAUAAGGUCCGUUUGCCCUGAUCUA